AUGUUAAGUAGGAAUUUCCAGGAAGCAUUGCGUGCAAUCGAGCCAUUCAGAAAAGCCCAGGGUUCUGGUGUAUCCAACCUCACUACUACUCCAACCCUUCCUGCCUCGCAAGUUGUCGCGGAGUCGGCCGGUAAAGAUCUUCCAUCCGGCCCCCACCCGCUCAGCUUCCAGUCGCUCCGCGCGCGGCGCCGCCGAGCCCUAACCAGUUCCCGACAACCCGGCGGCCGCCGGCGUCCUCGAACCCGCGUACCCGCCACCCCACCCCUCACCACCCACCCAUCAGCCACGCGCGAGCCCGGAGGCCCACCCCUCGGAGAGGUGGACACGCCACCCCGCGCCCCCGCGCCCACGACGGCGCCCGCCGAAAGCGGCACGUCGCCGUCGCCGUCGCCGCCGCCGCCCGCCGACGGCAAGACGGUGCUCAUCCUCAAGCCCUUUGCCAAGGCGGUGGCCGGCAUCAACGGCACGGCGGUGGCCACGCCCGUCGGCCACGCGGUGUACCACAAGGGCCAGCCCGUGGACGUGGUGUUCGACCCCCGCGCGGUGGCGGUGGCAGGGCCCGGCGGCCACGCGCGAGCGCACUCCGACCUCAUCGUGUCCUACGUCGAGAAAGAAGAGCCUGAGCACCGCGCGCAGCUCACCGAACUCAACUACUUCGGCGCCGCGCGUGGCCGGCGGCCCGUGCUGGCCUGGCAGCUGCGCCAAGAAGGAGAUGCGGAGGGCGGUGGCGACAGCGAGCAAGGAGGCAGCGGAGGCGGCGGGGGCGGCGGUGGUGGCGGCGGAGGAGGCGGCGGAGGUGGUGGUGGUGCGGACAGUGUGGUCGUGAACCAACCGCCUCCA